CGAUACAGCCGUGAAUGAUCAUAGACGAUCUGUGAAUAAAUUAUUUUUUAGGGUUCGAUGACCGCCCGGAAGCAUUUUGUCCGUCAUUUUUGAUCUAUAGAUUUUAGAAAUCGUUAAUUUUUUGGAAAUUUUAUCUUUAUUUUGGUGUACGUCACAAAUACCUGUAAGAAUUAGUUUAAAGUAUUCGUAAUUUCUUCGUUUUGUAUCAGCCAUCAACGCUUUGUCGUCAAAACAUAAAACAUGUCUGGUGAUCCAGAAGUAGCACACACCCCUGAAGAAGAUACUGAGGAGGAAGAAAUCAAGUCGUCAUACAAACCUCCUCCGGAGAAGACUAUUGAGGAGAUCCUUGCAGCGGAUCAGGAAGAUGAGUCAUUAAGAAAGUACAAAGAGGCAUUGCUCGGGCAGGCGCAGGCAGGAACUGUUGUUGUUGAUCCAAGUGAUGAACGCAAGGUGAUAGUGAAGCUUUGCGUUGUGCGUCACUGGACGCGACGACGUCGAGCUUGAUCUGUCUGGGGACCUCACUGAUCUCAAAAACAGGU